AAUUAUUAACGAUUUUAUACUUGUAUUUAUAAACGUAUACUAUAUUGAUUUUAUACUUAUGCGUACAUUGCAUAAUAAGAGGCGUGUCAACUAAAAAACAAAGGAGAUAAUAUGACAAGACAUUAAGAUUUAAAGAUAAAGAAAGAAGGUUUGCAUCAAAAAAAAAAAAAAGAAAAAAAAAAAAGAAAAAGAAAAAGAAGAAGAUAAACAGCCAACUGAAGAAGAAAACUAGCUUAAACCCUUUAAAAAAAUUGGUUCAAUAAUUACCAAAACAGAUGAGAGAAAAAAUGGGAAAAGAUGAAUACUUUCCUUUAUUUGAGACGAAGCAAGCAAAGGGAAGAUUAAUUUACAGGGUAUUUGCAACAUCUAUAUUAGUUGCAAUUUGUGUAAUUUGGGUUUAUAGAUGUUCUUACAUGCCCAAGAAAGUUGGGGAGGGAAGAUUAGGUUGGGUUGCUUUGUUUAUGGCUGAAAUUUGGUUUGGUUUUUAUUGGAUUCUUUCUCAAGUUUUUCGAUGGAAUUGCAUCUAUCGUUACUCUUUCAAAGAUAGACUCUCCAACAGGUAUGAGAAUGACUUGCCUACGGUGGACAUAUUCGUAUGCACGGCGGAUCCAUUAAUCGAGCCACCACUUAUGGUGAUCAACACUGUUUUAUCGGUCAUGGCUUAUGACUACCCACCGGAAAAGCUUAGCAUCUACUUAUCCGAUGAUGGUGGCUCGAUUUUAACAUUUUAUGCUCUUUUUGAGGCCUCUCAAUUCUCUAAGAAUUGGCUACCUUACUGCAAAAAGUAUAAGGUUGAACCAAGAUCCCCUGCUUCUUAUUUUAGAUCAAUGCUUGAGCCUACUAAUGCUACUCAUUCUAGCCAUUUCACAUCUAUCAAGAAAUUGUAUGAAGAAAUGCAAACCAGGAUUGAGAUGGCAUCAAAUCUUAGCCAGAUUCCAGAGGAAGUACGCGAUCAACACAAAGGAUUUUCCACAUGGAACGAUAGCUAUACUUCUAAACGUGACCACGAUACCAUUCUUCAGAUAUUGAUUGAUGGAAGAGAUAAAACGACUAUAGAAGUUGAAGGUUGUCAAAUGCCUACACUUGUGUACUUAGCUCGCGAGAAGAGGCCUCAAUUUUUUCACAACUUCAAAGCCGGAGCUAUGAAUGCAUUGCUAAGGGUAUCAUCUAAAAUAAGCAAUGGACCGGUUAUCCUCAACGUUGAUUGUGAUAUGUACUCGAAUGAUUCACAAUCUAUUCGCGAUGCUCUUUGUUUCUUCAUGGAUGAGAAGAUGAGCCAAGACAUUGCUUUUGUGCAAUUUCCGCAAAGAUUUGAAAAUACCACCAAGAAUGAUAUAUAUGGUUCUGCCCUUCAAACGAGCUAUGAGGUGGAAUUUCAUGGUUUGGAUGGCUUUGGAGGUCCAUUAUAUAUUGGAACUGGUUGCUUCCAUCAGAGAGAAAUAUUAUGUGGAAGGAGGUACUCUAAGGAUUACAAGAUCGAUUGGAAGAACUCGAAUGUGGUUGGAACAAUCGACGAGUUGGAAGAGAGUGCCAAAUCACUUGCUAGCUGCACAUAUGAGCUAAACUCUCAAUGGGGAAAAGAGAUGGGAUUGAAAUACGGGUGUCCAAUCGAAGAUGUGAUAACAGGGUUGGCAAUACAAUGUCGAGGAUGGAAAUCAGUGUACAUGAAUCCAAAAAGGAGUGCAUUCUUAGGUUUAGCAGCUACAACUUUGGAUGAUACACUAGUGCAACAUAAAAGAUGGAGUGAAGGUGAGCUUCAUAUCAUGCUAACACAUUGUCCUUUAUGGUACGGCCAUAAAAGGAUCCACCUCGGCCUUCAAUCGGGUUAUUGUUACUAUAGUCUUUGGGCAGUUAACUCCCUCGCGACCUUGUGUUAUUGUACCGUACCUUCUCUAUACAUGCUCGGAGACAUUUCCUUGUUCCCUAAGUUGCCAAGCCCGUGGUUUUUUCCAUUUGCCUACGUUAUAAUUGUCACGUACACGUACAACUUAGUAGAAUUCGUAUACACCGGAGGCACGAUUUUAGGGUGGUGGAAUGAACAAAGGAUUUGGCUCUAUAGGCGAAUAUCCUCGUACUUAUUUGCCCUCAUUGAUACAAUGUUGAACCUCAUCGGAUUUUCGAAAAUGAAAUUCGUGAUCACGAAUAAGGUGGCCGAUGAAGCCGUGUCUAAAAGAUAUGAGAAAGAGAUCAUGGAAUUUGGUGUAACUUCUCCCAUGUUCACCAUGCUAACAUCUCUUGCAUUCAUAAAUUUGUUCACCUUUGUUGUCCUAAUUAAAAAGUUAUUAGUAGGAGGGGAAAUAAUUAGGGGAAUGAUUAUUGAAAGAUUAAGCUUGCAGAUUUUGUUAUGUUUUGUAUUGAUUUUAAUUAAUUAUCCAUUGUUUAAGGCUGUUUUUAUAAGGAAGGACAAAGGUAAGAUGCCUAGUUCUGUCACUAUAAAGGCUUCCGUUGUAUCUGUUAUAAUUGUGCUUUAUUUUUGUUACUAGGGUUUUUUUUUCUCUUUAAUUUGAAGGAAUUUGUUGUAAAAUAGGGGAUAAUAGGAAUAAAUAAAGCACUUUUUAUUUUCUUGCAUAUGGUUUCUAUUCUAAAACAAUUUUCAGUG